UGUUACAUUUGUUUAUCUAUUUUGAUUCUAUUAGAAUGCUAUAAUUCCCUUUCUGGUUUUCCUGAAGAUUGGAUCCUUGUGGCCCAGUGGUUUCAUAUGAUUUCACUCUUAGAGGAAAAUACCACAUGGGAUUUUUGAAGAAAGCAGAAGGUUUCCUCUCAAGAUGGCUUUGGGAACAAAUUAUGCCAAAGUGAGUUUGCAAAAUAUACUGAAGUCCUCCAGCACCAACUCAAAUUCUCCUGCAGGAAAAGUCUGGAGCUGUUGCCUAGAGAAUUGGAAGUCAUUUAGUUCCAGUUGCUACUUUUUUUUCUACUGAUGCAAAAUCUUGGAAGGAGAGUCAGGAUAACUCCUCUAGAAUGGAGGCUCACCUGGUGGUGAUCAACAGCAAGGAAGAGCAGGAUUUCCUCACUCAGAUUAUGGAUAAAGCUGCUGCUUAUUUUAUGGGGCUAUUAGAUCCAGAGGGUCAUGGACACUGGCAAUGGGUUGAUCAGACCCCAUACAACCAAGGUGCAAUGUAUGUUUUGCCUCUGCACCUAGAGUUGGAAAGAAAUGUCAUUGCAGCAUUCUGUGUGGCUGUUGCAUCUGGCUGCAUGAUUGCUUGGGACCACUAGAGGGCAUGCUCCCUCUAGCAACAAUUGAAGGAAUUAUUGCUUAGACUUCCUGAAGAAUGAAAGUGUUUAAAAGAAAAAAAGAAAUAAAGACUGUGCAGGCACUUUAUCUAUGGAGUCUGAGACUGUACCUGUUUCAAAAUUUUUUGGAACAAAAUUUGUUCCCU